UCUAGCUUCGCUGGCAGCAUGUGUGUUUUCCAUGUUCAAGAUGUAUGGAAAAUGGGACCAGAACCCAGUCACCAUCGUUUACGGGUCUGAUCUGAUGCCGAUCUCGACGAUUCCGUUUCCGGCCAUCACAAUCUGCCCCCUUUCAAAGUCACGUGAAGGCAUGCUCAACCUGACUUGGGCGUUGGAUACGAUGAAUCAUAACUACACGAUGUUGGAUGACGUUAGCGAGAAGAGUUUACGCGCCAUUGCGCACGUUUGUCCAUUUCAAAAGCACUGGAAGAAAUUCCCUCCGUCGUCAGGGAAUGAAAAUAUUAUUGAACGGCUGCGUACGAUGGCACGUCCUCUCGAGGAUGUGAUGAUAAAAUGCUGGUGGCGAACUAGGGACACCCCGUGCAAAACCAUUAUGAUAGAGCGCUUGCUGGAUGACGGGAUUUGUUACACAUUCAAUUCACUUGCGUUGGACGAAAUCUACAAGAAGGAUCAGAUAUCACCAGAUUUUCUGAACUUCUCAAAUGUAGUACAUGUUUCCGACUGGACACGUGAGGGUGGGUAUCGACCAGGAGCAGGAUUCAAUGCGUACCCCCAUCGGCCUUUAUCAAAUGGUCAAAUUUCUGGAAUUGUAUUUGCAGCAGCCAUUCGACAAGAGGAUCAGGAACCAUUUUGCUCGGGAACGCACACUGGUUUCAAAUUCGCUGUCCACGCUCCCGACGAAGUUCCUCUAACAGAAGAACGUUUUUAUCGCUGGAAUAAUAUGAGUGCAGCUGUCGUGACUAUCAGCCCGGAAGUGAUCGAUGUAUCAGAAAAGCUGAAAUCCGUUGACCCAUUCAAAAGGAACUGUUUUUUCGUCGACGAACGGCCUCUUCAAUUCUUUCACCUGUACAAUCAGAUGAAUUGUGCUUUUGAGUGUAUCGCUAACCAUACCCUGGUGGGCUUGACCAAUGUUCCGAUCAACUACUUUCCUAUCAAGAUGAAUUUCAUGCGUGAUAAGUAG